GCAGAAUAUAUCGUCAGUUUAGUUAGCUAAGCUAGUUCUUAUACGAUACACAAUUAUUUGCUCUGAAUAUGUCGCGUUUACCAACUAAAUUAGCGGAAAUAAGACAGAAGGGUAAUAAAUUGGUAAAGAGUAAAGAAUUGGAGACAGAAGUUCCGAAAGACUUGUGUUGGCACGAUGAAGAUUUUGCUUCAAAAGUUCCAAAUUCUAUGGAUCUUAAACAACAAUUAAUCAUAUGGAAGAGGACAGAUUUUUUACUAAAUAACGUUGCAUUUACAACAAAACUAUGUCAUGAAUUAGUUGACUUAGACGUUUGUACAUUACAGACAAUGACUGACAUUCAGUCUAAGGCCUAUAACGCUGAAAAAGUGUUACUACUCAUUACAAGGCUAGGGAUGCAUGGUACUGAUAUUUAUUCAAAGUUUAUUAAAGCACUGUUUAGAUCGGAUCAUAUAAAAGUUGCCAGGGAAAUUAUUAAAACUGAAAAGCAAACAAAAUUUGGUGAAAUGUUACCACCAACUUUUACGUAUUUUCUCGACUUAUCUGAAUUUUUGAGAAUAUAUCCACACAUAGGCCUAAAAUUGGGAGAGGAAGGGAAGCAUCUCCUUCAAAGCUAUAUUGAAGGAAAAAUUGCGCUAGAAGCUAUGAAGAGAGAUGAAAGAGUUAAGAUUUUAGAAAGGGAAAUGGAGGAUUUAAGAAGAAAAAUUCGCGAAUUGCAAGCUAUUAUUGAAGGCCAAAAGAAAUUUGUUGAGGAAGCUCGAAGAAGAUUAGAGGAAGCGGAACUCAGAGUUAGUAAACUCUUAAAAAGAAUAGAAGUCUUAGAAAAUGAAGCAGAUUGUAGAGAACGAGAAAUCAGGUUGUUAAGAACUGCCAAGGAAGAAUUAGAGGAAGGUCUUAUUAUGGUAUUAAAGGAAGGAAAGGAUUAUAAUUUAGAAAGACCUCCAUCUAGAGUUUCCGCUCCCUUAGAUUGUGUCAAAGAACAUUACUCUCUCAGGAUAUUAAGAUCUUAUAUACGAAUGAAUGAUACUAAACUUCAACUAAUGCAACAACAAUUUGAUAAGAUAGUAUGCGAGGAGAAAAUCUUGAAUGAAAUAGUAGCCAUAGCACCAAGAGAUCCCGGAAGCGCCAGGAGUAGUGCUGGAGGUAGAAAGCGGAGCACUUCUACGAGAAUGUCGAGUGUUCUUAAUUCUCCAAAGAAAACACUACAAGAACUAAGAAGGGAGAAAAAAACGCUAGAAUUAAAUAUUCGAGAAAUAGAAUCAGAUACAGCUGCUAGAAGGAAACAAGCUGGAGAGAUGGAAUCUUCUGCUCCUCUCGGUCCGGAAGAAGCUAUUCACGAACCAAUAUCGAGUAGGAUUAAAAAGCUUUCGGAAACUAUGAGAAAAUCCCAUAAGAAAGAGCUGAGAGAUUGUCAAUAUCGUAAUAUGCUUCAAAUUCAGGAGAUGGAGAGGAAAAUGGAAAUUUUGAGAGCUGCGCAUAUGGAGGAAGCUGAGAGAUUAAAAGCCAGAAUUAGGCAGAAAAUGAACGAUAUCCAUAGGAGAGAGCAACUUCAUAAACGCUUAAAACACCAAAUAAGAACAAUGGUUAAUUACCAAGCAAAGAAUAUGAAUGCAACAGUUUCCGUUGAGGAGUGUAGAAGAAUUGUAAGAGCAUUAAUCCAAGAGGCAAGACUUUUAAGGGCAAUGGCUGAGGAAAGGGAAAUUGAUUCAAAUCAAGUACAAUUUUGUAAUUUACCCGACGAAAUCUAUAAGAUGUUUACUUUUUUAUUGCAGAUGAAAGCUCUCGAAGGUUUACCUGCUCUUCAAUUAAGAAAGAAAAAGCAAAGAAGGAAAAAGCAGCGUCUGGCAGCGUCUUUGAGUGAUGAGAAAUUAGAAUAUUUAUCUUUCAAGAUAACAGAUAAAUGGAGAUAUGUCGGAGAACAAUUGGGAGUGACUCACAAUAGAAUGGAUAUGAUUGAGAUGGAUAUCCCCUUAAGCGUUGAACGACAAACUCUAACUAUGCUUAAGAGCUGGAGAGACGAAGAUGGUGGAAAACUAAACGAAUUAGUGGAAGCUCUCAUAGAAUGUGAAUUUGACCAAUAUGUAGGAUUGUUUAUGCCACCAGAUCAUGCGGCCCACGUUAUGGAAAAGAAGAAGAAAAGGGAAAAAGAAGAAAAAGAACUUGACGAAAUAUUGGAGAGAACAGUUAUGGGUGACGAUUAUGGAAACAAUAACGAAAAUAAGGAGGAAAAUGAUGAAUUUAUUGAAAAUAAAGAAUCAGAUAUUGUUAAACUACCUCCAAUAGUCGCCGUAAACGCUUGA